AUGUCCAUGCCAAGAACCGCCCCCACGUUAAAUCGUCUGUUUGAACCUCAACUUCACCCAACACAUAUCGUGAGAUCCUAUGGUGAAAAUACUCGGUUCCACCCUCCAGCCUUGAAGAUGUUGAGCUGGAUGAAAUCCCUCUUCGGCUACAAGGCCUUGCCGAAUGAGGACGAAUCCCCACAAGAUGACGAGAAACCAAAGCGGAGUAGAUCGCACAAGCGAUCACAUAGCAAACGGGUUCGAGACCGCGAACGCGAGCUACGCCGUGAAUAUACUGGACAGAAGGGUGAUUGA